AAUUGUCUACUACUGGCUGUUUGUUCGUUUGUUCACAAGCUUGCAAGCCUUGCAAGCCAAGGAAAUAAUGUAGUGCGGACCUGACGCACUAUUUUUUAUGCACCACCACCAGACCACCAUGUGCUGCAGGAUCGUGGUAGCCUGUAGUGGACUCGUUCCGAGAGCCUGUCCGGCCUGUCCUCCAGAGGCAGAGUUUUAAAUCGAAUUGAACCAUUCAGAUUUGGCACUCUGGUGGUGCACUAGUAACCAGAAUGAUUGUCACGUUAAAAACGUUACAACAACAAAGUUUCAAAGUUGAAAUAGACCCUUCGGACACGGUGAAGGUAUUUAAAGAAAAAAUCGAAGUUGAAAAAGGAAAAGAGUAUCCAGCACAGUACCAGAAGUUAAUAUAUGCAGGGAAAAUCCUGAACGAUGAUUCGAAGAUGAGCGAGUAUGACAUCGAGGAGAAGAAAUUUGUAGUCAUCAUGGUCACCAAGCCCAAGUGCGGGACACCGAGCUCCGGGGAGGGCGCUGCCUCGCCAGUGGUCGCUGCGCCCGUCGACGUUCCAGGGACGCCCGCCCCGGCCGGGGCAGCGUCGGGCAACGCGGGUGCCACGAAAGGUCCCGAGGCUGCGGGUGAGACGACGAGGAGCCCCACGACGGCGCAGCCGCCGAGCGUUCCAGCACAGCAGACGACGCCGGCACCCGCCGCGGCGGCGGCAGCCCCCACGGCGACGACCGAGUCCAGUGGCGGCAUAGCGUUGGCGGAGUCUGCGCUGGUGAUGGGGGAGGACUACCAGCGCAUGGUGUCGCAGAUCAUGGAGAUGGGCUACGACAAGCCGCAGGUGGAACGGGCGCUCAGGGCCAGCUUCAACAACCCGGACAGGGCCGUCGAGUACCUCCUCACGGGCAUCCCGCCGUCCCAGCAGGACUCCUCGGAAGAGAGCCAGGGGGGCAACGAGGGCGGCAACACGGAGGGCGGUGGGGCGCCCCCCGCGGCGGCGCAGUCUCCUGGGCGAGAGGCGGCAGCCCCCCCUGGGGCCCUGCCGCUCUCGACGGAGGGCCUGGGGUCCGGGGGUGCGGAGGACCCCCUGGCCUUCCUGCGCUUCCAGCCCCAGUUCCAGCAGAUGCGGCAGGUCAUCCAGCAGAACCCCCAGCUGCUCAACGCCGUGCUCCAGCAGAUUGGACAGUCGAACCCCCAGCUGCUGCAGCUCAUCUCCCAGAAUCAAGAGGCGUUCGUGCGGAUGUUGAACGAGCCGAGUCCGCCGCCAGGCGGGAGCGGCGGCAGGACGCCACCCGCCGCAGGCGUGCUCGGCAGCGGAGCGCCGCUGGAGGUGAACUACGGUCAAGUGACACCACAGGACAAGGAGGCCAUAGAGAGGCUCAAGGCCCUCGGCUUUCCGGAGUACCUGGUGAUCCAGGCGUACUUUGCGUGCGACAAGAACGAGAACCUGGCCGCCAACUUCCUGCUGUCGCAAAACUACGACGACUGACGACGCCGUGCCUUACCCCUCUCCCCCCUCCCCCUUCCAGUUUUGCCACAGACGGUGCAGCCGCCCUCUCCUCUUUCCGACCUGCUCGGCGCUCCACCGUGCGAGGAAGGCCGGCGCUCCAGUGAUUUCAUUUCUUUUUUUUUUUUUUUUUUAAUACUAGAGGUUACUAUUUAAUGAAUGCACACGCAGCAAAGGGGAAAUAAUAAAAAGCUCGGAAACUCAAGCGGCACGAAUUCAGGCGUCGGCCGCAGGCGACGGAAACUAAGGGAGACGUCGGGAGUUUCGGCGAGUGCAACAUCCCUGCGACUGUCAUUUUUAUGCUCCGUUUCACGGCACGACGGACCGGGGUGAAAUCUACGAGCCAUAAAAGCAGAUUAAAUGCUGUGAACGUCCCGAACGUCACGGGACGCUCUCACGACACUGGGUUGGCUUCCAUGGCUCGGAGCGUCCGCCGUGGUUCCUUGUAAGGUGAAACAGAGUGGCAUGUUUGUUUCGUUCCAGCAGAAAAUGCGGCUUGACGAGGCCUCGGGGGUCUUGUAGAUUCUGAAGCGGACUUCUAGCAGAGGGAAAACGAAGACAUCAAAAAACCGUUUCGAAUGUUUGUGCAACAAAGGUUCGAGACACUGUAAUGACUAGAUCCCCAAGCGAAGCAGCUGAAAACCGAAAAUUAAUAUAAUUAGGCUUUGAGGUGCUCGUUGAGAAUUUGUAAUUUGGUUUCGGGAGUGUCUCGCAGGGACUGCUUGCUUUCUAAGUCAAAGCGGAGCGAAAGUUUGUCUGCUUCUUUUGGCAGGAGUUGUGGCGACGUCGGAACGCCGAAAUGCGGUUGGCGCUGAAGAAUAGUGGGGGUAGACAAGGCAAGCCUUGGGAUCUACCCACUAUCCUUCAAUCGGAGCUCGGCAUUCUGAUGUCGCGACAACCCCUGCAAAAGAAGCACACAGACUUGCGCUCAGCAUUGAAAUAUUUUCUGGUAUUAUGUUUGCGCCCCAUCUAACAAUUAUAUGGGCAUCAUCUCAAAAUAAAACUGACCUACUGAUAUAUAGGAAACAACAAAAUUUGACUGCUACAGUGACCAUGUAAUGAGACGCGACACAAAUUCCUGUGCCCCAAGAAGUUGUACUGGGGGCAUGUGAGCUUGAGGCAUCUACAAAGUCAAAAGGAGGCAAGGGAAGUCCCCGUUUUUGGUGGGCUUCUGUUGGCAAAUAUUUUUGAGUGCGCAAGUAUUUUGUUUUUUCCCCCCCUUCCAUUUGUGGCUCUGUAUAGGAUGAUUUUCUAUUAAAGUCAUUUCACGGAACU